GGUCGGGGCUGAUAACUCAGUCAUUAAUGGGUUAGCACCACUCCCUCGUGUCUAAAAUGUGCGGAUAUUCGUGUUGUCUUCUCCAUACCACAACAGGAAUAACAAAUAGGUAACCUUUGCAUUCAAGGCAUAUGUAUGGAAUAAAGAUAUUUCACCCUGACGGUACCACAGGUGCAUAGAAGUGCACGGGAUUAAAUGGUCUUAUCGAGAUUGCAAGGAGAAUAUGAUUCAGUACAUUAGAUUUGGACAGAUAGUGAUUCUGCAUUAAAUUCUUCCAGCUCGUAAUCACGUGAGCCCUUAAAUUCCCGGUGACCGAUGGUUUUCGAAGGAGGGGCGUGACCACGUAGUGAUACGAACAGAUACUGACGAUGCUUUUUGUGACACGACCCAUCGCCCAGCUCACGUCCGCCUCCAUCGCGAAUAGGAAUUUCCGAAAGUGACCCCAGACUUUUGAAGCGAUACGAGAUGCUUAUACGAUCAGGUAUUGCUGCUGAUCAACUGACACCGCAGUGACUGCAGUGACAAAAGCUACAAGUAAGAGCUACAGCUUGGUCUGAGAUGGAGAAUGAAACGAUCGCCGUCUACGAUGGCCAGGACUUCUUCAACAACGGCACCAACGACACGCUUACGGAUAUGGCCCUGUCGAGGUACAAACACGGGGCUGCGGUGACGGGCCUAAUCAUCAUGUCCUACGCGCUGGUCUUCCUGCUGUGUGUCGUCGGGAACGUCAUUGUCUGUGGCGUGGUCAUCAAGACGCCACGGCUGAGAACGGUAACCAACUACUUUAUCCUGAACCUGGCCGUGAGUGACCUGCUGGUGGCCAUUUUCUGCAUGCCAUUCACGCUAGUGGAGCACAUUCUGCCUGCUUACCAGUUUGGUGACGUCAUGUGUCGAGUGACCCCCAUGAUCCAGGGAAUAUCUGUUGCCGCAUCAGCCUACACAAUGACUGCAAUUGCGUAUGACAGGUACAAAGCGAUCGUCUUCCCUACCGAACCGCGGAUGAGCCUGGGGAAGAUGAGAAACGCGCUAGCAGGGAUCUGGAUCGGGGCCGUGGCAGUGAUGGUCCCUCAAGUCUUUGUUCUGCACGUUAAGCCGAUUCCUAUCAUGUCGACCGUGUCUAUUAACAUCUGUGUAGAAACAUGGCCAGAUAUUGUCUACAAGAAAACAUAUACAUUCAUGCUGUUCUCACUAGUGUAUGUCGGUCCUCUUGUGGUUAUUUGCUUCCUCUAUUGCCGUAUCUGGUACAAGCUAGCAAAGACGCCAUCGUGCGCUGUGGACGAUCCCCAGCAUGCUUCCCAAUUUGCCGUUUCAAAGAAGAGGGUGAGGGUGCUCAAAAUGUUGAUCACUGUUGUUGUGCUGUUUGCAUUGUCCUGGUUACCAUUAUACACGUGCUGGAUGCUUGGGGACUUUGCCAAUCUGACAAAAAAGCAGAGUGGUGUGAUGCACCAGUAUGUUUACCCCGUUGCUCAUUGGUUGGGUUACUCAAAUAGCUGCGCCAAUCCUAUUGUAUAUGGAUUCUUUAACACAAAUAUUCGGAACAAUCUAGAGUCUAUGUCGAUCAGGAGACGAUUUGAGACUACUAAAUUGAAGUUUCCCAGACGCAAUAUUCAACCUCCUGCGAACCAAGCUAAUGUCCAGGAGUGCGUUGAUAUGAAACCUAUCGCAAAGUCAAGUAGGAAAUAGCUUUUCCCUGGAAGUGUCAGUCAAGAUUUCUUACAGUAACCUCAAGUUUACCCGUAGGGUACAUGAAUCAUUAAAAAAACAUUUAUAUCGAUGCAGUGGCAA